AUGAUUAAGCUCUCUAAUUUGUAUAAAGAUGAAGAAAUACCAACCAAAGUUAUCGGUUUUUCAUUUCCUGCGUAUCGAUCGGCAGAAUGGUUGGAACGUCAUCGUUUAAUGUCGGCUGUACCGGGCUGUUUAGUCAAUGUAGCCAUCGAACCCAAAAGCUUAGGAUCUUACGCCUAUGUCAGGGCUUACGAACUAAAAGCCGAGAAGGUUCGUGCUGAAAUUCGUGACGCACUCUUCAGACAGGCGCUAUUCAAGGUGCAAAACAUAGAGGUUGUGGCCUCAAAAAAAUGUCCGAAUGACCGUGUUCUUCUUCAAAUCACAAAAAAAGCGCGGCGUUGGCCUGCUGUGGACCUCUUGAGGAAAAAUGCGCUAAUCUCGGAGGAAGUCUGGCACCUUGAUCGAUGCGGUUCUAUCCAACGGUAUAAGGUGCGGUAUUACCGUGAAGGGGAUGAUGGUUUCCGGUGCAAGGUGUACCCUACCAGUCUGGAAAAUUUUUUGAACUUCAUCAGAUAUUACCUAUCAUUUUAA